AUUUUCAAGAUUUGGUCAAGAAACGAAAGAAACGUGCUGUACAUGUUCGCAAAGUUAUUACGAACAAACUUCAGCUCCCGGUGUCACGGUAACAGACACAGUUGCCUAUCAAAAUGAACCAACACCACAAAAAAGUCAAUAUAUUAAUCAACUACAAGUACCGGUUCAGAACCAAAAGAUAAAACCUCAAUCGCCUUUUCGUCCACAGCAACAAAAUUCAUCUGUCGAUCGUCGAAACAGACCUCCAUUUCCAGCUGAUUCACAAUUUGGUUCGUCAGAAAAUACAUUUAGACCCAUUUCGCCAGCUAGACCAGAACAGACAAAUUUGAUAAACAUUUCAGCCGGGUAUCAAACAGCGGAAUCAUUCCCUCAAAAGCAAUAUUACAAUACUAUGAAUCAAUUAGGUCAACAGUCCGUUGAUGAUACCGAUGCUAUAUUUUUACCGCAGCAACAAAAUCCACAACCAAGGGCUUCUUCCAUGCCAACUAAACUACUAUCUCCACAUAUGGAUCAGAAUGUUAGACAAAGAUCCCCAGUUGUACAAGGAAUACCAGUAGCUGAACCAUUCGUUGCUACAAUGCCAACAAAACAGUUACCCUCUGGACAAAGAUCCCCGAUGCCGCAAGGCGUACCUUCAUUUGGCGGCAGUAAUACUCUGAAUCAGCAAUCUUAUAACAGAGAACAGCCUAUCAGAAAUGAUCAAUCUCUGCAGAUUGACCAGUCAUCUAUUAAUCCGCGUAUUCAAGUAAACAUGCCAUCCCCAAACAUAUCAGCAGUCAACCAAUAUGAGGAAUGGAAUAGUUUGAUCUACCAACCACCAGAAAUGAUAUCAAAUUAUCAGGGAAUGAAAGCAGAUCAAACAGGUUUCAGUAAUCGGAGGACUGGAAGCGAAGGUUAUGGAACUCACAUUGAAACUGAUGCUGCUGAUUCUAUCCGUAGCGAUUGGAGGACUAGACUCGGAGAACCAGUGGCUGCAUCUACACCUAUCAAAGGCGGAAGGAGUACACAGUAUGAAUAUCAAGAUAAUACAAUUCAGAGCAUGAAGCCACCACCAAAAGUACCAAAGCAGAGUAUCCAAACAGGCGUUUCCGUGUUGCACCGGCCAGUAGACCAGGUCAUUGGCCUGAAACCAGCUUACACAGACCAACACCGUCUACGAGUUUUAAGAAUCCGACCGAAUAAACGUAUUAUUGGAGAAGUAGCAUUUCAGUUGGAUAGAAGAAUUUUGGAGUAUGUUUUUACAUGGAAGUACACACCAGAUAGUUCACAAGACAAAAGGCGUCGUUUCUAUGGUUACACUAUAAGCAACAUGGGUGCUAUGAUACGAAAGGAAGCUACUGAUAGAACUGGACAAUUUAAUGCUAAAAAAGAAUUAGAGAUGCGGUACCGGUUUGAUUACGUAAUCAAGGCACUAUCCAAGUAUGGUUAUGCUUUAGAAAAACAUUCUAUCUUAACGCAAGAUUUGGUCAAUCGGUAUGGACUUUUAAGUGGACCACCAGACCGCAAGACCGCAAGCGAAAUUGGAUUGGACGACCCCGUUAUUCUUCGCGUUCUUCUGGGCCAGAUGAUAAAAGAUGACAAUCUCCUACAGGAAGUACUGAUUUUACUUGAUUGUCUCUGUUUGUUGGCACAUGAAGAUAAGAGAACUAUAUUCCUUUACUGAUGUUGUGUCC